AAAAGGAGGUUUUCUCCUCAGCGAGCAUCAGUCUCAUCUGAACACAGACUUGACUUCUCUUCACCUGGUGAACUCUGAGCUGCUACAAUGGCCGAUGACUGUGUCCAGGAAAAGUUCGACAAGUAUGCUGGUAACGAUGGCCUCUUAAGCGAAGAAGAAUUGAGGAAAAUGAUUGAAACAGAAAUCGGCGACGACUGUCGCAUGAAAGAGAGACUCCUCAAGCGUGUCCCCAAAAUAAUUAAGAGGAAGGAUGAUGACGGUGAUGGCCAGCUCAGCUUUGAGGAGUUUAAAGUCUUCUCCCGUUUGGUGAAGAAACUUCAAGAGAAGAAGGAGAAGGGCCAGCCCCUUGAUGAUGAUUCAGAAUAAAAACAGACCAUCAAGUGCAAAAGUGUAAAACACUCAAAUGGCAAAAGUUCCAACAAUGUACACGGUUUUAUCAAAGAAGUCUGUGUUUAAUCCUGGAAGAGAAUAAACUCUUAAAUUGUGA